AUGAUCAACCUAGAAAUCGCCUCCUUCACCCCCACCUCCGCCCACCACGCCGCCCAAAACGGAGCAACACGUAUCGAACUCUGCACCUCCAUGCCCUCCGGCGGUCUCACACCACCUCUCACCUCAUUCCAAACCCUCAAAACCCUCUUAACCCCUCCUCUCUCUUCCCCCAACACAACCCCACCAACACCCCUCUCCAAACCCCCAAUCCACAUAAUGAUCCGCCCCCACGCAGACACAUUCACCUACACCCCCGCCUCCAUCCAAGAAAUGCUCCAUUCAAUCGCAGCUUACAAAGCAGAGGGCGGGUGUACAGGUUUCGUCCUAGGUGCCUUAACAGCGCAGAAUCUAAUCGAUAUCCCAACCAGCACGCUACUUCUAAAUGCUGCGGCGCCAUUACCGUGCACAUUCCAUAGGGCAUUUGAUUCCAUCCCGCCACCCCUCAUGCUUUCUCAACUCGAUGUCUUGAUCGAGUUGGGGUUUAAGUAUUUGCUUACAUCGGGGGGAGCAGCGAAGGCGGGAGGAGAAAAGGGAGAGGAUUGGGGGUUGUUGAAGGAGUUGGUUGAUGGAGGGAGAGAGGGAGGGUUGGAGGUUAUUGUGGGUGGUGGGGUUAGGAGGGAGAAUGUAGAAGUGCUUGUUAGGGGGACGGGAGCGAGGUGGGUGCAUAGUAGUGCUGUUGUUGGGGAGGGGGAGAUGGUUAGUGUAGAGGAGGUUAGGGGAUUGAGGGGCAUUUUGGAUGAGUUGGAGGAGUAA